GACGCACAGCGCCAAGAACCAGGGAAAGCCGGGCUGAGGAGAGCCGAGGACGCGAUCCUGAGAGGCACUGGCGAGCUCCACGGGAGGAGCUCGAUGCUGGGACUGGGAGACGCUUUCCAUAAAGGGGUGGGAGUCCAGGGCUGGAGAAUCCCUCCAGCCGGCAAGGGAAAGCUGUGGAGAGCUUCCUUGUAAGCUCCACUGCCUUCUCCCCAAGUCAAAGAGGAGUUUAAAUUCACUGCUCUUCCGAGCUCCCACUCAAUAAAUACCUGGGCUCUUCUACCCGCUUUCAGGACUGAGAAAACCUCGCAACUCGAUUUUUGUUUUGGUUUGGUUUUUUGGUACCCGGGAGAGCCACGGUGGGAAGAGCUGUGCUCCGGAUCUCGUCCUCCAAGCCCCCAAAGUCUCGUCUUCCCCGGGCCGCCAUGACCACCGACAGCUGCAGCUUCAAGGACCGCUGCGUGUCGGUCCUGUGCUGCAGAUUCUGUACACAAGUGCUCAGCUCCAGGGGGAUGAAGGCUGUUUUGCUGGCUGACACUGAAAUAGACCUUUUCUCGACAGACAUCCCUCCGACCAAUGCAGUGGACUUCAUUGGAAGAAGCUAUUUCACUGAGAUCUGCAGAUGUAAACUGAAGGACAUCGCAUGUUUAAAAUGCGGAAACAUUGUAGGUUACCAUGUGAUUGUUCCAUGUAGUUCCUGCCUUCUUUCUUGCAACAAUGGACACUUCUGGAUGUUUCACAGCCAAGCAGUUUAUGAUAUUAACAGACUAGACUCCACUGGUGUGAAUGCCCUACUUUGGGAAAAUUUGCCAGAAGUAGAAGAAAGUGCUGAUGAAGAUGUGUUAGAUCUCUCAGCGGAGGAGUGUAUUAGAUAAAUGGAAUUAUGAUAUAUAGUAUUCCUGUAAUAACUGUUUCCUAGUUAAAAUAUAUUAAUGGAUCAACCUUGAACUUGUUACUAAGAAUUUGCUAGUGAUUUUCUCUUCUGGAAGACAAUAUUUAUUUGCUAUCUCAAAUUAUUUUCAUCAAUUGAAUGUAUGCUAAUAGAAUUUUCUUCUAUUUCUACUUCUUCCUCCUCCUCUGCCCAGUAUAGGUAUAUUAAAUUUAGAUGAAAGAUACUUUGCAAGUCACAGCUAUUUUCAAAUUUUGGGAAAAUUUUUCUUAAAACUCAAUUCCAGAUACAAUUAUAAUUCUGAAUAAAGGGCAUUAGUACCCACACAGGUAUCAAACAUGUAUGUAUCAAGCUCACCUGAGUAUCAACAGAGGCUUUUUGAAAAACAGGUGGUCAGGGGG